CGUGUCGUCUCGUGCCUCGCCCUCGCCGUUGCGUCGUGUUCGUCGGUUUGAAUUUGAUUCGCGUGCGUGCGUGCGUGUGUUCCCUUCCGAUCUCGCGCAGAAGCUAGCGGAGCCCGGUUGCCGAAAUGGCGGGCCGAGGCUAUGGCGGUGGACGACGAGGGGGCGGCAGGGGCCAGCAGCAGCAGCAGCAGCAGCCCAGCGGGUACGGAGGGCGCGGCCGCGGCGGGCGGCAGCAGCAGUACGGUGGCUAUGGUGGUGGGGGUUAUGGAGGCGGCGACGGCGGCCGUGGCCGUGGCCGCGGGCGCGGGCGCUUUGGAUGGAACGAGCCGGAGCGGAUUUUCACUCUGCCAGAAGCUCCGGAGGAGCGCCUCGUCGAUCUCUACGCCCCCGAGAUGAAGACGCUCCUGGAGAAGUUCAAGGGGCUGGAGCUGAGCACGCGCGACGACGGGCCGACGUUGCCGGCGCGGCCCGGGUUCGGUGUCGUCGGAGAAGAGUGCGUCGUGAGGGCCAACCACUUCUUCGUCCACCUCUACGACCGAGGCUUCCACCACUACGACGUGGAGAUCACACCGGAUCCGAGGGUGACGUCCGUCUUCCGCGCCGUGAUCUCGAAGCUGGUGGACGAGCGGAAGCACACCGACCUGCGCGGCCACCUCCCCGCCUACGACGGCCGCAAGAACCUCUACACCGCGGGCGAGCUCCCCUUCAAGAGCCAGGAGUUCGAGGUCGACCUGUCCGACGGCACGAACACGAGGGAGAGGAAGUUCAAGGUGGUCAUCCGCUACGCGACGCCGAUCGACCUGCAGGGCCUGUGGAUGCUCAUGGCCGGCUGCCCCACCCCGGCCCACGUCCCGGGCCAGGCGCUGCAGAUGAUCGACGUCCUGCUGCGCGACAUGGUGCUCACCGAGCGCAACGACAACAGGUACUUUGCGGUUGGUCGAUCUUACUUCUCGCCCGAAAUCAUGAAGGGCAAAAAACUCGGCUCGGGUGUCGUUGCGUGGAAGGGGUUCUACCAGAGUUGCAGGCUCACGCAGCAGGGGCUGUCUCUAAACAUAGACACCUCUUCAACUGCUUUUGUUGCACCUCAGACGGUGAUUGAACUAGUAAAUGAGGUGUACGGAAUAAGAAUUACUGGGAAUUUUGAUAUGGAGCAUUUUUUGAACAGAUGCAGUAACGAAUUGAUGAGGACCCUCAAGGGUGUUAGGAUUGAAGUCACCCACCGCGGAAAAAUACGCAAAACAUACCGCGUUUCUAGCUUAACCACGCUGUCUGCAAGUCAAUUGACGUUCAAAUCAUCAACCGGUGAUGACACGACUGUCAAGAAGUAUUUCAAAGAAAAAUACGGCCUGGAGCUAAGCUACGGCCAUCUCCCUUGCCUGCAAGUUGGUACUGAUCAGAAACCGAAUUACCUACCCAUGGAGGUUUGCAAGAUAAUUCCAGGACAGAGAUACCAGAAAAAGCUCAAUCAGCGUCAGGUUACCCAGCUAAUAGCUUCAAUCGACAAGUUUGCUCAUGAACGUGAAAUGUCCAUUCGUCAGGCUGUUGAGAACAACCAGUAUAGCAGUACGGAACGUGCAAAGGAGUUUGGCAUAGAAGUUGACUCCUACCCUACUACUGUGAAUGCUAGACUUUUGAAGGCUCCAAUGCUGAAGUACAAAAAUGAAGUUGGAGCUGAGGUCGAUUGCGAGCCAAAUAAUGGGCAGUGGAACAUGAGCGACAAGAAAGUAUUCAACGGUGCUUCGGUUGAAACCUGGGCCUGUAUUAGCUUUUGCAAUGGUUCGAUGGAUCCCGUUAUCACAAAUUUCUGCAAUGCAUUGAUUCAAACGUCACUUAGAACUGGACUGAACUUCAAUAACUCGAUCCCUCAAAUAUUCCAUGCUAAUCCUGACCGUGUUCAAAACGAUCUUCCCGAGCGCUAUAAGGAUGCAUGCAACAAGUUGAAGGGUCAAAAGAUUGACCUCCUACUUGUUAUAUUGCCAGACAAAGAUGCCAAAUUAUAUGGUGAUGUCAAAAGAAUCUGUGAAACAGAAAUCGGUGUGAUAUCACAGUGUUGUCGAAAAGAUCAGCUUUCCAAGACGUUACCUCCGUACUGUGCAAAUAUUGCUAUCAAGAUCAAUGCUAAGGCUGGAGGAACGAAUUCAGUAUUUUCUAAUAAAGAUGCAAGUUUACCGGUUGUUUCAAAGAAAGCAACUAUUAUAUUUGGUGCUGACGUUACUCAUCCUGGUCCUCUAGAUGACUCUAGCCCUUCCAUUGCUUCGGUUGUUGCUUCCGUAGACUGGCCUAAUGUGACCAGGUACAAUUCUGUUGUUCGUACCCAAGGUAACCGUGAGGAGAUCAUAGGAGAUCUUGAGGGCAUUGUUAAGGAACUUCUCAAUGCAUGCAAAAGUGACUCCAACAAGCCGGAGCAGCUAAUAUUCUACAGGGACGGCGUAAGUGAGGGCCAGUUCAACCAAGUUCUAGAGAAAGAAGUACCGGACAUAGUAAAGGCAUGGAAGUCUGUGUAUGGCUUGGAGCCACGAAUUACCUUUAUAGUGGUUCGGAAGAGGCAUCAUACAAGACUUUUCCCCCCAUAUUACACCGAACGUGUGAACGUAAAUGUUCCUCCAGGCACAGUAGUUGAUAGAAAGAUCUGUCACCCUAGAGAGUUUGAUUUCUUCCUGUGCAGCCAUGCUGGGAUCAAAGGGACAUGCCGUCCAAGCCAUUACCAUGUGCUGCGUGACGACAACAAGUUCACUGCAGAUGACCUUCAGUCUGUCACAAACAACCUGUGCUACAUAUAUACAAGCUGCACUCGUUCGGUGUCCAUUCCGCCUCCUGUCUACUAUGCUCAUAAGCUCGCAUUCCGUGCUCGGUUCUACCUCACCGAAGUUCCCGGCGCAGCUCCUGAAGAUGCUUCUCGGUGGACACUUGCUGAAAUCAAGGAAGAGGUGAAGAACUCCAUGUUCUUCUGCUAAGUCCCUGUACCCCGGAAAACAGCAUCUGUCUGUGUCUGAGAUUGUCAUUCUUUUCCAUAUCAUGUAGUUGUAGACUUGAUCUGGAAAGGAUAAUAUCAUCUGUGUGGUUUUAAACGACAUUGAACUAUUGAAGUGCGUCUCUGGUGUUACUAUCUCAGCACUCUGAAUGUAUUUGGUGCAUGUGAGGAUAUAGACAUAGAGAUCUCAGCAAUCUCUGUUGAGCUUUGUAAACUCACCAUAUACAUGCUUCCCAUCUUAAUGAAAUUGGUUAGCCCGGUCUGCGCUUUC